AUGAUUUCAGUGACCGAUGAAGAUAUAAUAGCUGCUACUAAAUUAAAUGAACAACAAAAAGAUGCAUACGAUCAAAUUUUAAAUAAAGUUUUCAGAGAUGAAUCAACAUCUUUCUUCAUUGAUGGUCAUGGAGGAACAGGUAAAACAUUCUUGUAUCGUGCCAUUCUUGCUACUGUCAAAUCUAAAAAAAUUAUAGCUCUAGCAACUACUUCUUCCGAAGUUGAUGCAUCUAUAUUACCUGGUGGUGGCACUGCUCAUUCACGAUUUAAAUUUUCAUUACAAUUAGAAAAUAAAAGUACUUGCAAUAUUACAAAGGAAUCAAGUUUGGCUAAACUAUUACAAAUGACAAAAAUUAUAAUAUGGGAUGAAUCUCCAAUGAUAAAUAAAUAUGCAGUAGAAGCUUUAGAUAAUAUGCAACGUGAUGUAACUGAAUGUGAUUUACCUUUUGGUGGUAAAGUAAUAGUACUUGGUGGAGAUUUUUGUCAAGUUCUUCCCGUCAUUCCACAAGGAAAAAAAGAGGAAAUAUUCAAUGCAAGUUCACCAUUGUUGAAGGUGAAGCUUGUUGCAGAGCUGUCGGAAGUUCUGAUCUGA